AAGUGAAAAAAGACCUUGUGAGAGUGAGACUGAGAGAAGCAGAAGCCCAGCAGCUUGUUAUAUACAUACACACAUACAUACAUUGAAUCGUAGGCCAAAAUGGAGAAUGUAACAAGAGCAUCAACACUAGCAGAAGAAGACGAACAAGAUUCAAAAGAGGCGGUUCUGCAACGAUACUUUCUUCAGGAAUGGCAGCAAGUCAAGUCUAUUCUCCACUCCAUUCUCUCCAAUGGCCGUGUCACCGAUCUCUCUUCCGUUCGCAAAAUCCGAUCCAUUAUGGACAAGUACCAGGAACAGGGCCAGCUGCUAGAGCCAUAUCUGGAAAGCAUAAUUUCUCCUUUAAUGUCCCUUGUCCGUUCAAAGACAAUAGAACCAGGCCUAGCUAACAAUGAAGUUCUUGAAGUGAUUAAGCCCCUAUGUAUUAUAAUCUACUCGUUAGUUACAGUUUGUGGUUACAAGGCUGUUAUCAGGUUCUUCCCUCACCAAGUUUCGGAUCUGGAAUUUGCUGUAUCACUUUUGGACAAAUGCCAUGAUAGCAAAGCAGGGACAUCAUUGAGGCAAGAAAGUACAGGGGAGAUGGAGACAAAAUGUGUAACACUGCUAUGGCUAUACAUACUGGUUUUGGUUCCUUUCGAUAUCUCUUCUGUGGAUACAAGUAUGGCAGAUAGCAAUUAUCUUGGUGGAGAUGAUUCACCUCCACUAGUAACUAGAAUACUAGGAUUCUCUAAAGAUUAUCUAUCAAAUGCUGGUCCUAUGCGUACCAUGGCUGGGUUGCUCCUCUCAAGGCUUCUAACCCGCCCAGACAUGACGAAGCCUUUUAACAGCUUUAUUGAAUGGACACAUGACGUUCUAUCCUCUGUCACUGGAGAUGCUCUACAUCACUUUCAGUUACUUGGAGCUGUUGAAGCACUGGCAGCAAUUUUUAAGGCUGGCAAUAGGAAACUGUUAAUGAAUGUGGUUCCUGCUGUUUGGAGUGAUUCGUCUGUUUUGAUCAAGUCUGAUGGUGCAGCUCGGAGUCCUUUACUGAGGAAGUAUUUGGUGAAAUUGACUCAGCGGAUUGGGCUUAUUAGCCUCCCUCAUCGUUCACCAUCCUGGCGUUAUGUGACAAAAUUUAAGACCCUCGGGGAGAGUCCUCUGUCUGUGUCUAGUACAAGCGGCUAUGGCGUGGAUCUGGAUUCCCUAAAAUUAGCCGUAGAAGAGAACCUGCACGAGGAAGAAAUGGAUGUUCCAGAAAUUGUAGAAGAGAUGAUAGAGUUAUUGCUUUCAGGACUGAGAGAUACAGAUACUGUUGUGCGCUGGUCUGCUGCAAAAGGUAUUGGUCGCAUAACUUCGCGUCUGACGUUUGCCCUCUCAGAUGAAGUUCUUUCGUCUGUGUUGGAGCUUUUUUCUCCGGGAGAGGGAGAUGGUUCCUGGCAUGGAGGAUGCUUGGCGUUGGCUGAACUAGCACGUAGAGGAUUACUCCUACCCAUCAGUCUUCCUAAAGUAUUACCUGUUGUUAUAAAGGCAUUGCAUUAUGAUAUUCGAAGGGGCCCACAUAGUGUUGGCUCUCAUGUGCGUGAUGCGGCAGCGUAUGUUUGUUGGGCUUUUGGUCGUGCAUAUGCUCACACUGACAUGAAAAGUAUCCUGGAACAGCUUGCCCCACACCUACUAACAGUUGCAUGCUAUGAUCGCGAGGUUAAUUGUAGACGAGCAGCAGCCGCUGCUUUUCAGGAAAAUGUUGGUAGACAGGGGAGUUAUCCUCAUGGUAUUGACAUAGUAAAUACAGCUGAUUAUUUUGCACUGUCAUCACGUGUAAAUGCUUAUCUUCAUGUUGCUGCCACUAUUGCUCAAUAUGAUGGUUACCUCUAUCCAUUCAUGGAAGAUCUUCUAUACAACAAGAUCUGUCACUGGGACAAAGGCUUAAGAGAGCUUGCUUCAAGUGCACUUUCUGUUCUUGUAAAAUAUGAUCCCGAGUAUUCUGCAAAUUUUAUUCUGGAGAAAGUGAUUCCUCGCACUCUCUCAUCGGACUUGUGUAUGCGUCAUGGUGCAACGUUAGCUGCUGGAGAACUUGUUUUAGCUCUGCACAAGUGUGGUUAUGUUUUUUCCACAGAUAAGCAGAAAAGUAUUGCUGGUCUGGUACCUGCAAUUGAAAAAGCACGGUUGUACCGCGGAAAGGGUGGAGAGAUUAUGCGGUCUGCAGUUUCCCGCUUCAUUGAAUGUAUAUCUUUGUCAAACGUUUCUUUGCCAGAAAAAACAAAGCACACUCUGCUUGAUACUCUGAAUGAAAAUAUGAGGCAUCCAAAUAGUCAGAUUCAGAAUGUGGCUGUUGAAGCCUUUAAACACUUUGUUCUAGCAUACCUUGGUAAGACAACUAAUAAAGGUGCCUAUGAUAUCACUUCUAAAUACUUGGAACAUCUGACUGAUGCCAAUGUUGCUGUAAGAAGAGGAUCUGCAUUGGCAAUAGGUUCUUUGCCCUUUGAGUUUUUGGUAACGAAGUGGAAGUCCGUGCUUUUAAAGCUUUGCAGUUCUUGUGCAGUCGAGGAGAACCUGGAAGACAGGGAUGCUGAAGCACGGGUUAAUGCCGUUAAAGGACUUGUCUCGGUGUGUGAAACUUUAUGUGCUACCAAAGAGUGUUCACAGUUUCUUCUUGAGGAAGAUGUUGUGUCUCUAUAUCUUACGAUCAGGAAUGAAGUGAUGCAGAGUUUACUUACAGCUCUUGAAGAUUACUCGGUGGAUAACAGAGGUGACGUAGGCUCUUGGGUUCGCGAGGCUGCAAUGUAUGGACUUGAGAAGUGUACAUAUAUUCUAUGUAAAAGAGAUUCAUCUAAAAAAUCACAAGGCUGCGAUUCUCAGGAUCAAAAUAAGGGACAGGUGAAUGGGAAUGAGGAAAUGCAAUGGUUGUUUGAUGCACAUAUUGCUGCAAGUUUAGUUGGAGGCAUUGCCAAACAAGCUGUUGAGAAGAUGGAUAAGAUGAGAGAAAUAGCUGCUAGGGUUCUCCAUAGGAUUUUAUAUAAUGAAGCAAUUUUCAUCCCCUUCUUACCUCAUCGGGGAAAACUGGAGAAAGUUAUACCCCAUGAAGCAGAUAUUAAGUGGGCGGUUCCUACAUACUCAUAUUGCCGUUUUGUUCAGUUACUACAGUUUAGUUGCUACAGUAAACAUGUGACGGCCGGACUAGUUAUUUCCAUUGGUGGCUUACAAGAUUCUUUGAGAAAGACAUCCCUUAAUGCUUUACUGGAGUACCUUGAAGGCACUGAAAUUAAAGGCUCAAAAGAAAGCAUCUCAAGGGAGCUAAGUUUAAGUGAGGACAUUGUUUGGGUACUCGAUAAGUACAGAAAAUGUGACAGAGUCAUAGUACCCACCUUAAAGACCAUCGAGAUUUUAUUCAGCAAAGGGCUGUUCCUAAACUUGGAGGCUCAAACUCUAAUAUUUUGUGAUGGAGUUCUGGGAUCACUUGCUCUUGAACUGAAGGGAUCAAAGGACUUCUCUAAGUUAUAUGCUGGCAUUGCCAUACUUGGCUACAUUGCUUCAAUUGCAGAGCCUAUUAACAUUAAAGCUUUCUCUCAUCUUCUAAUGUUCCUUUCCCAUCGAUACCCUAAGAUUCGUAAGGCUUGUGCCGAACAAGUAUAUCUCGUCCUUCUGCAAAAUGGCGACCUUGUUGCUGAAGAAAAACUAGAGAAAGCACUUGAAAUAAUCUCUGAGACUUGCUGGGAAGGUGAUAUCCAAGAAGCAAAGCAACGUAGAUUAGAACUUUGCCAUACAGCUAAUAUAGAGAGUGGGCAACUUGUUAGUCGUGGAACCUCUAGCAAGGAUGGUGAUAGGCUCACAACUACAGAUGAAAAUGCAACAUACUCCUCAUUAGUAGGUUCUGCUGGGUUUUAAGCAUUCCAUUCAAAAUGCAAACUACUUGGUUUUGCCUUUUGUAUUAUGCAAGUUGGCCUCAUCUAAUUUUUCAGACUUGAGAUGAAGAGCAGAAGUCUAAGAGAUGAUGAUACUAUAGAGGUCAUCAUCCAAAUAUCCAAUCAUCAAACCACUUCUUUUAUUAUUCUUGAUAUCGCUUUUGUCCAAGUUAAAAUCAAGGUGCUUUGGGCUUACGUCAAGAAUGGAAGACGUGUCAACACAAAAGUGGUUGUUGUAUAACCCAGGUGAACAUUGUAAUGUAUGUAUAUAAUAUAUUUCCUGUCAUAGUGAGUCACGGUUUCCUGGUAGUUUGAGUUGCACUUUUGUAUAUUGUGAGAACUUGAAAUUGCCACUAUUCAAUUGAAGGAUGAAAUCUUUUGUAGUC